AUGGAUGAGCGAUAUCAGGAAUUGAGGUUGGACAUGGAUCGUAGACAAGUAGAGCUGAUGCGAUUAGUCCAAUCAUUGAAGGACUCUAUUGAUGGGAUGCGACUGCACCAGCAAGCCAAGGAGAGAGGUGCGGCUUCAAGUUCCAGUGAACUGCUACUAACUUUUGGUCAUGGAAUUUUGGGCCCUAAUUCGUUUCAUGCUGAUAACCAUCGUAAUCACAAUUUACUUCUUCCUCGUUUCAAUGGAGAAAAUCUGAAAACAUGGUUGUAUCAGAUUGAUCAGUAUUUUGCUGUAGAUGAAACUCCAGUAAAUCAUAGGUUAAGGCUGGUAGCCAUAAACUUGGAAGAUGAGGCUUUAGCUUGGCAUCAAGCUUACUUGCGGUGUAGAGAUCCACCUCAUGUUAUUGGGUGGGAUGAGUACUUGAGGGCAAUAACUGAAACUUUUGGGGAUGAUUUUGCUGAUCCUAUGCUUGAACUUAAGCAACUAAGACAAACUGGAACAGUAAGGGAAUUCCAAUUUGCAUUUAGUAGGUUUUUAACACAAUGUAAUCUCACUACUGCCCAAGCCAUUUCCUGUUUCUUAGGUGGAUUAAAGGAUGAGUUGGUAGGGACUAUACUGAUGCAUGAACCACAAACCUUGUCUAAGGUGUUUAGGUUGGCUAGAUUAACGGAAGCUACUCAGCUAGCUAAUGCUAGAUCUCAAAAUAGAGCAUCGGGACUACAAGGAGGAGUUGUUAAGAAGCAACAUCAAGAGACACUUGUUACAAGGCCACAACCUAUCAAUUAUAAUCAGGGGACUCGAUUGACUUCGCCAUCUUCUAUUGGAGGCAGACCUAGGAGAACUGUCUCCCCAGCUGAAAUGCAGGCAAAAAGGGCUCAGGGGUUGUGUUAUUUUUGCGAUGAAAACUACAACAUUGGUCAUAAAUGUAAUCUUCCUAAACAAUUAUUUGUUUUAGAGAUGGACAGUAUCGAGUUAGAAGAUCUAGAACCUGAACUGGAAUCUCCAGUUAAUGAUAACACGUAUGGGGAAGCUGAAACCAUAGUCGAUGGUGCUAAUCCUUUGAUUUCAUUGUGUGCCCUUGCUGGAAUUCAGGGUUCUCAAACUAUUCAUGUGAUGGGAUAUAGUGGUAAGAGACCAGUUCAUAUAUUACUUGAUGGAGGUAGUACACACAAUUUUAUUGAGAAAGAUUGUGUGAAAAGGUUGGGAUGUACUGUUGUUCCUACUCCCAUGAGCUAUGUGAGUCUUGGCAACAAUGCUAAGGAGACCACAACUGGAGUAGUUAAGGACUUUGGGUGGAUGCUGCAGGGCAUUACUUAUCAGUCGGAUUUAAUAGUGUUCCCUAUUAGUCGAUAUGAUAUUGUUCUGGGAGCAUUGUGGAUAAAGACAUUGGGUCCAGUGACCAUUCACUUUACAGAACUUACUAUGUCCUUCAAUCACCAAGGAAAGAAACAUGUACUUAAGGGGGUGCAUGAAGAUUGUAGGUUGGCCAGUUCCAAAGCUGUGAACAAGUUAUCAGGAGAUGAGGUUAAAUUAUUCAUGUUACAAAUGUUGCCAAUUAUGAAUGGGGAAAUCAUUGUGGGACAGAACUUUGCCCUACAGUUAUUGAAGGAGGAAACCAUAGCAUCUGAAAUUGGUGUUUUACUUGAUCAAUAUCAUAAGAUAUUUUCUGAACCUACAAUCUUACCUCCUCCAAGGGGUCCAUUUGAUCAUAACAUCCCUCUACAAAAUGGAGCCAAACCUGUCAAUAUCAGACCUUACAAAUACUCAGCUAUGAAGAAGGAUAUUAUAGACAAGUUGGUCAGUGAUAUGCUCCAACAAGGUGUUAUUCAAUAUAGUAACAGCCCCUUCUCUUCUCCAGUGGUGGUUGUGGGCAAAAAGGAUGGCACAUGGAGAUUGUGUGUAGACUAUAGAGAGCUUAAUCAGUGCACGAUAAAGGAAAAGUUCCCUAUACCUAUUAUUGAUGAUCUUCUGGAUGAGUUGACAGGAGCAAGAGUAUUUUCCAAGGUGGAUCUGAAAUCUAGUUAUCACCAGAUUAGGAUGGUAGUUGAUGAUGUCCCUAAAACUGCUUUCAAAACUCAUCUUGGUCAUUAUGAGUUCCUCUUUAUGCCUUUUGGCUUAACUAAUGCACCUUCUACAUUCCAAUGUUUAAUGAAUCACAUUUUCCAGCAACAUUUACGAAAAUUUGUAUUAGUGUUUUUUGAUGACAUUCUGAUUUAUAGCAGGUCAUUACAGGAUCAUGUUAACCAUUUGAAGUCAGUUUUUGACCUUAUGAUCCACCAUCAGUUGUUGGCGAAGCAAUCAAAGUGUGUGUUUGGGGUUUCAAGGUCGAAUACUUGGGGCAUUUUAUUUCCUAUGAAGGGGUUUCCACUGAUCAAAGGAAGAUCCAGUGCUUUUCAGGCUUUUAAGGAGUUGAAAUCAGCAUCGGUUGCUGCACCUGUUCUUGCUCUACCUGAUUACUUUAUUCCAUUUGUUGUUGAAACAGAUGCUAGUGGUAAUGGCAUUGGUGCUGUCCUUAUGCAAAAUGGCCACCCUAUUGCUUUCAUUAGCAAGGGUUUAUCUGCAUGCCAUGCUGCUCUAUCUGUGUAUGAAAAGGAAUUAUUGGCCUUGGUAUUUGCUGUCACCAAGUGGGCCCACUACUUACUUGGUCAACACUUCAUUGUUAAAACUGAUCACAAAGCCUUGAAGUAUCUAUUGGAGCAAAAGCUACAUACAGAUUCUCAGAUUAAGGGGUUGGCUAAACUGUUGCCUUUAGACUUUGAAAUUCAGUAUAAAAAGGGUAAGGAAAACCUGGUUGCAGAUGCUUUAUCUAGGAUCCAAGGUGCAGAACUUAUGUCCCUGAUGAUAUCUUCAGUGCAACCUCGUAAGCAUUUCACUUGGCUUAAUGGACAGCUGAGACGAAAAGGGAAAUUAGUUGUUGGUGAUGAUGCUUCCCUUAGAACCAAAAUCUUAUCACUAUGGCACUCUACUCCUGUUGGUGGGCAUUCAGGCAUUGAUGCCACUACUAGGAAGAGGAACAAGUAUGAUACAUCAGCUUAUCCUGGUCUACUCCAACCCUUGCCUAUACCUGUUUUGCCAUGGACGGAUAUAUGUAUGGACUUUAUUGAAGGACUCCCUAGAUCUAACAGCAAAACUGUUAUUUGGGUAAUCAUUGAUAGAUUAACCAAAAUUGGUCAUUUCAUUGCCUUAUCACAUCCCUAUAGUGCGCAAUCUAUUGUUCCUAUCUUCUUGGAUAACAUUUUCAAGUUGCAUGGUUUCCCUGCAACUAUAACCAGUGAUAAGGAUCCUAUAUUCAUUAGCAACUUUUGGAAAGCAUUUUUAAAUGCUCAGGGGGUGUCCUUGCAGACUUCUACAGCUUAUCAUCCUCAGACUGAUGCCUUAGCUAAGUGGUGGUACAACUCUAACCCACAUUCUGCUAUUCACUUUUCUCCUUUUGAAUUGUUAUAUGGCUAUCCUCCUCCCUUACAUCUUCCAUACUUGCCUGGUGACUCUGAUUCUGUUGUUGUUGAGGAUUUUAAUCUCAACCGACAGUUUAAACUCGAGUUGGCUAAGUUUCAUUUACAUCGAGCCCAACAAAGGAUGUGUGCACAGGCCAACACUCAUAGGUCUGAUAGGCAUUUCCAGGUUGGUGAUUGGGUUUAUGUUAAGCUUCAACCUUAUAGACAAUCUUCCUUGUCUAUUUUUCCAUAUCACAAGCUCACUUCUCGAUUUUUUGGUCCAUAUCCCAUUGUGGAGAAAAUAGGUGUUGUGGCAUACAAACUCCUCCUCCCUCCUGAAGUGCAAAUCCAUCCUACUUUUCAUAUUUCUCAGCUUAAAUUCUGUCAUGAACUUCCCAGUACUAUAGUACACCCUCCCAUCAUUGACUUAUCUAGUCCUCAUUGCCCUGAGCGUCGAAUGGUGAAGCGUGGUAAUAAGGCGAUUCGGUUUCCUUCUAUCACCCUUGUGGACAUGGGUGUUGUUUCACCGGGGGUAUUGAUACCAAUUUGGGUUCAACAGCCACAACUUUGUCAUUUUCUGAAAGAGGAACAGAGAGGGACGUUCUGCAGCCCUGAGAGCUUUGGAUUAGGGCUGCAGAUAGAGUUAUCUUUGGCUGAAACGUAUGAGCCUAUUGGGCUUACUGGGCUGUUGUAUUUUGGAUUAAUGGCUAGAUGGGCUGCUCGUUUGGGCUGA